AUGGCCCUAGCAUUUCGCUCCCCAAAUCACCAUGAUUCCCGUUCAGGGGCCGCCAGUCGUGAGGACUUGCUCAAAGCCCUGGAAACCAAAUUUCCGGCGUCCAAGUCCAUUGAUGACGAGCCUGCUAUCCCCACCCCAGACAUUUUCGCUAGCCUUCUCGAUGAUGAUCACGCCAAGAAUGAAGAACAGCUGCCUCGCAUCGCUGAGUGUGCCGUACAUCUGCGGAUGCUGGAGGCAUUUCUGGUCCUGAAGCAAAAAGUGGCCACCUCGAACGCCCUCGACCGGGCCUUUGGAAUUGCACCGAAAGACACUCUCACGACUGUGUGUGGCAAGCGAUGCCGAAAGACUGACACCACAUUCAAGGAGCGCCGCAAAGUCAAGUGGAACUUGUUUGUGCGCAUGGCCGCAUGGCGGUUUCUCGACUGGUGGAAAGGCGCGGUCAAGACUUUGCCUCCUUUGGACGUUCUCAUGGUCUGGCACGCUUUUCUCCUGAACCACUCAGCAUAUAGGAAUUUUUGCAUGACCCCCGUGGAUGCUUCGCAGCGGCUAGCUAAAGAGUUUCCAUGGAAAGAAAUUCACAACGCCCUCCAAGACGACAAAGAACGCUUUUUCAAUGUGUCGAGCGACGUUGAAUCAACCUUUUCUGAUCACCACGGACCCUUUGACCUUUUCAAAGCGCUGUCAGAUCAUGACUCUCACUCCAUGAUGUUGAAAGAUGCAUUGGAGAAGCUGGCGUCGUCACCAGAACUACAAAACGACCUCGCUCCCGCCAUGUUGUACUUCAAUUCCGCGACCCAGCCGAGACUCUCAGUAAGCGACCAAACCCGCAUCCAGACGCUCAAGGAGAUGGUAGAGCGGCAAGAGAAGUUCGUUGUGAACAUGGCAAACAUCCUUUGGUUCCGUAGCCCAGCACUUGCGGGCACCCUGGAGCGGGCCAUUGUUCGGUAUAGUCGGUUCUUAGCUUUCUUCAAGGACCGCGAGGAUGCGAAUAAAAUGCCACUUGUUCCGACACUGGACAUUGAUCUUGUGUGGCACACGCACCUCUGCUCCCCUGCGCUUUAUCAAGCCGGCUGCAAGCAUUUUGCUGGAAGAGACAGCAUUAACCAUGACGAUACGCUGGCGCAAGCGCUUCUCAACGACGGGUUCGUUUCGACGGCGAGGAUGUAUGAGAUUAGAUUCAGGGAAGAGUAUAAUGCGUGUCUGUGUUGGCCAUGCGAGGCCUUGCGGUCGGAGUUGGGGUCUAUGAAGAAGGCGAAUGGCGAGGUUGAUUUUGCUGCUAUUGCUAAGAAGGUGCAAGAGGAUGUUGAGUAUUACCAAGUCGUGGAGCUGGCGAGGCGGACUGGGAAGCCAUUGCCAGCGAAAAGGGAUGUUGAAGUGUUGUGA